AGUAUUGCAUUAUUUAUAGUAUUUUAGGCAAAAACUUUAAAAUGUUAUCACCAAAAAUUAUAAAGCUUGAUGAAGUAGUUGUUAAUCGAAUAGCUGCUGGAGAGGUUAUCCAGAGACCAUCUAAUGCCAUCAAAGAAAUGAUUGAAAAUUGUCUAGAUGCCAAAUCAAAGUCUAUACAAGUAACUUUAAAAAAUGGUGGUUUAAAAUUUAUUCAAAUUCUUGAUGAUGGAUGUGGUAUACGAAAAGAAGAUAUGGGUAUUGUUUGUGAACGUUUCACUACUAGUAAACUAAGCUCUUUUGAUGAUUUAAAAUCUAUUAAUACUUAUGGAUUUCGUGGUGAAGCACUUGCAAGCAUUAGCCAUGUAGCUCAUUUAACAAUAACAUCAAGAACAGCUGAUUCACCUUGUGCAUAUAAAGCAGUAUAUGAGGAUGGCAAGAUUGUUGCACAACAAGGUGGUGAUGCUGUAGCUCGUCCUUGUGCAGGAAAUAAAGGUACACAAAUAGUUGUUGAAGAUUUAUUUUAUAAUGUGGAUGUUCGAAGAAAAGCUCUUAAAAAUCCAAGUGAAGAGUAUAAUAAAAUUGCUGACAUCAUAAGCAAAUAUGCUAUUCAUAAUCCAUCAGUGUCAUUUACACUAAAAAAAUUUGGGGAAAAUACUGCUGGCAUUCGAACUCAAGCAGACAUGCAAGUUAUUGAUAAUAUUAAAAAUAUAUAUGGUCCGACUAUAGCUCGGGAAUUGCUUCCAGUUACUCUUGAAAGUGUCUAUUAUGGUUUCAAAAUGAAUGGAUUUAUCUCUAAUGCAAACUACUCUAUGAAAAAAUGUAUUUUUUUGUUAUUUAUCAACCAUCGGUUGGUUGAAUGCAACAGCUUAAAAAAAGCCAUAGAAGCAGUAUACCAAAAUUAUCUCCCUAAAGAAAAGCAUCCUUUUUUAUAUAUGAGUUUAGAAUUAAAUCCGGCAAAUAUUGAUGUAAAUGUUCACCCUACUAAACAUGAAGUCAAGUUUUUGCAUGAAGAAGCUAUAAUCGAGGAAGUUCAAAAGUGCAUCGAAACAGAAUUACUUGGUGCAAAUAAUUCUCGACAUUAUUACACCCAAACAUUAUUACCUAAGCUGGUGGAUGCUGGGAUUGAGUUUCCAGUUUCAGAUAUUCUUGUAAAUAAAAACGAUGAAGUUAAAAAAAUAUAUGACAAUCAGUUGGUGAGAACAGAUUCCAGGGAAAGGAAAAUUGAUGCAUUUUUUACAACGUCAACUCAAAACCAGAGUAAUGAAUCAAUUACAUUUCAGUGUAACAGCAAAGACCCUGACAGAAUACCUGAUACAACUGAAAGAGUUUCGGAUAUAAAUUUGUUUACAAAAGAAAAUUUGCAAGAUUCAACAAAACGAAAGAGAAAGAUUUCUAAAGAUUUACCUGACCGAGAUAUAAAGCUGACAAGUAUUCAAAACUUAUGUAAAAUCAUUGAUGACAAUGAACAUUUAGGGUUAAAAAAUCUUCUUGAAGAUCAUAAAUUUGUUGGUUGUGUAAAACCAUCUUUGGCUCUUGUUCAACAUUUAACGAGACUUUAUUUAGUGAAUACAAGAAAAUUAAGCGAAGAAUUAUUUUACCAAAUUCUUAUUUUUCGAUUUGGUCGUUUUAAUUUCAUUGAGCUUUCUUCUCCUGCACCAAUCUAUGAUCUUGUUAUGUUAGCACUUGAUUCUCCGCAAAGUGGUUGGAAGGAAAGUGAUGGUUGCAAAACCGAACUAGCUCAAUAUGUAGUGGACUUAUUGUCAAGUAAAGCUGAAAUGCUAUUAGAUUACUUCUCAAUGGAGAUUAGUGAUAAAGGAGAGUUAAAAUGCUUGCCACUUCUAUUGGAUAAAUAUAUACCGAGUUGGAAUGGUCUUCCUAUGUUUUUGCUACGACUUGGAACUGAGGUCAAUUGGGAUACUGAGCAAGAAUGUUUUGAAACUUUUGCGCGAGAAUGCAGUCUCUUUUAUUCUUUUGGACAAGGUAGUUUUGAUGAAAGAGAAGACAAAAGUAGUAGUACUCAAAAUUGGAAGUGGGUUGUUGAACAUGUUUUAUAUACUGCAUUUCGAACAUCUCUUUUACCCACGAAAAAGUUUUCUGAAGAUGGAACUUUUCUCGAAGUUGCUAACUUACCAGAUCUGUAUAAAGUAUUUGAAAGGUGUUAAUGUUCAAUAAAAGUUCAAAAGCUGUCUAAUUAUAAUGGCGAAUUGAGCAUGAAUUAACCGGAAAAGAUAUAAGCGUUAUCUUUGGGAUUCAACUUGUAAUGAUUUUCUAAUAAGGAAAACUACGGAAUCAUUUUAAAAAUAUCAGAAAGGGAAGUUAAUGCGCAAGAUUUUACUUCACAGUUAAAUGUUUUACUGGCGAUAGAAAUAAUGUUUUACAUCUUUCAGAUAGUUCGGACGAAUAACAGGCAGGUUUUACUGGCAAUAUAAAUGAUGUUGUACGCCAUGCAGAUAGCUCUGGCAAAGAAAAGAUUUGUGAAAUAGACUAUGGUACUAACUGUGAUGAAAACAAUAAAUGAAUAUCAAAAUGUGACUGGUAAUUUGUUUGACGAUUAUCUGGGGUUGUAAUUACAGUUGAUGGUGCAAUCUUACUUAUAAAUGGCUUUGGACUAAAUAUGAUGUAUUGAUUAUUUUUAAUAAUUUGUUGAAGCUUCUUGUUGUUGUUGUUUAA